GAGCGAGACAAAGUAUAAAUCCUCUGCUUGGACCGUCAGGGGUUUAAUUCAGGGGGGAAGCUCCACAAAAGUGGAAGAGGCACAGGAGUGGUGAAGAUUUCCAUCCCCAGGCUCGAGCUCCAAACACUGGCUGUGAGAUCGCUCCGGGGUUGAAAGUUCCUGAGCCAAACUCUGGGCUGGAAGUUCCCGUUGGUUACAAUGAAGAUCCUGAUUCUGGCUGCCAUCGCCUCCCUGACUGAGGGGAUUCCAGGCUAUAUCUGGGACACCAAUUGGCAGGAGUGGAAAGCUAAGUUUGGCAAAUCCUACUCUCCUUCUGAAGAAGUCCAACGCGUUGAGAUCUGGCUGACGAACCUGAAGAAAGUUCUCGAACACAACAUGUUGGCUGACCGGGGACUGACCACCUACCGGUUGGAAAUGAAUGCCUUUGCCGAUUUGGAAAACGAGGAGUACAGAAGGCUGGUCCUCGGGAAAUGUUUGCGGAGAUCCAAUGUCACAAAGACAGCAGCUGCCACCGCUCCGAAUCUCCAAUCCCCGAGCCUCCCCAGUCAAGUGGACUGGAGAGACGAGGGCUAUGUGACUCCUAUCAAAGACCAGAGCUCUUGUGGUUCUUGCUGGGCUUUCAGUGCUACGGGGGCUAUGGAGGGUCAGCACUGCAGAAACACUGGGGUCCUGGUCUCUCUCAGUGAGCAGCAGCUCGUGGACUGCUCCGGUAGUUAUGGAAAUGAAGGUUGCAACGGGGGGCUCAUGGACUACGCGUUUCAGUAUGUCAUAGACAACGGCGGGAUUGACACCGAAGCUUCCUAUCCGUACGAAGCCCAGGAUGAACAGUGCAGGUCCUGGGGAGGAAGGGUUGGGGCAACCUUCUCUCAAUUCAUCAACCUCCCGGCCGGGAGCGAGGCUGAUCUACAAUCCGCCGCCGCGUCCGUCGGCCCAAUCUCCAUCGCCAUUGACGCAAGCCACGGAUCGUUCCAGUUUUACUCCUCAGGAAUCUACAACGAGCCCGAUUGCAGCAGUACCGAGCUGGAUCACGGCGUUCUAGUUGUGGGCUACGGAUCUCUGUAUGGAGAGGAUUACUGGCUGGUUAAGAACAGUUGGGGGAUCGAAUGGGGCGAUGAUGGAUACAUCUACAUGUCACGGAACCGGGGGAAUCAAUGCGGCGUUGCAACCGCUGCCAGUUACCCCCUGGUCUAAUUGGGAACCGGGAUUGUUCGGUACAUUCCCCGAGCAAGAUGGGGCCUGGGGUUCCCGGUCAGCGAUCCCCU